CCCCGCCUCAGCUUUUGACGGGCCGGCCCUCGCCGUGGGUCGCCGGGGAGGGUAGAAAGCGGGAGGGUCGCCCGGCUUCCUCCAAGAGAAGGGGGCCUGACUCGGGCGCGCUCGCCCCUCUUCGCCUCGCCAUGGUGUGCUACUCUUGCCUGGCGGUCGGGAUCGCCGUCCUGACUUUGGCGGCCUUCCUCCUCAAGCGGUGGCUCCAGGCCGACGGCGACCUGACCUUGCUGUGGGCCGAGCGGUGGGGCAAGAAGCCUGAGAAAGAGCUACCUGGAAAGGUUGUCUGGGUGACUGGGGCCUCCAGUGGAAUCGGCGAAGAACUCUCCUACCAGCUAGCAAAAAUUGGCUCGCUGCUUGUGCUGUCAGCAAGAAGAGAGAAUGAGCUGGAGAGGGUGAAGAAGAAGUGCCUGGAGAUCAGCAGCCUAAAUGACAAAGAUAUUCUGAUUGUGCCGCUGGAUUUGACAAAUCGGGAUACCCACCAGUCUGCAACAAACACUGUUUUAAAGCAUUUUGGAAAGAUUGACGUUUUGGUGAACAAUGGCGGUCGUUCCCAGCGUUCCCUCUUUAUGGAUACCCAAAUCGAUGUCUACAGGGCAAUAAUGGAACUGAACUAUCUGGGCACAAUCUCCUUAACCAAAUAUGUCCUGGAUCACAUGACACAGAGGAAGAAGGGGAAGAUCGUAACCAUGAACAGCGUCAUGGGCAUCAUGGGGGCCCCUUUGGCCACUGGCUAUUGUGCCAGCAAACACGCUCUGCAGGGUUUCUUUAAUUCUCUUCGGCCUGAGCUUUAUGAAUAUCCUGACAUAAGUGUAAUUAACAUCUGUCCAGGGCCUGUCCAGUCACAGAUCAUACAAAACGUCUUUACUGAAGAGAUUCCAAAGGUAAAUAAAAAUGUUGGGGACCAGUCUCACAAAAUGCGAACCGACCGUUGUGCUCGUCUGACCCUGGUCAGCAUAGCUAAUGAUAUAAUGGAAGCUUGGGUUAGUGACAAUCCAUAUCUGGCAGUCUGUUACCUCUGGCAAUACGCACCAACCUGGGCAUGGUGGCUGCUGAAUCGCCUAGGGAAGACACGGAUACAGAAUUUCAAGAGUGGAGUGGAUGCUGAUGUUUCUUAUUACAAAAAGUCUUCCUAAGCAGAAGCAGACUGAGGAUGAAGAAACCUUUUGUCUUCAAAUACAUACUUUUUAAAAAUAUGUGGCAAGAGAUGAAGUUAUGACAUAUAACCUGGCAUAAGUAUGAUAUAUGCAUAUCAAUCUGUUAUUUCCGUAAUGUAUCAUUAUAAUGCUGAUUGACCAUAUAGUGUGUUAGCCACCAGAGGCACAUUCCUUCACUUACCUCAUGGGGUGCAGUUUUCUACUGUAGGGUGGCUGUUUGAAUAUUAUAUCAUUCUCUCAAACAAUGUGUUGAAGCCUUUAGGGCUGUGCUCCACUUGCCAAUGUGUAAAACCCAUUGAACUGAGUGACUUGCUUCCAGGGUGGCUAUUACAGAUUUACUCCCAUUUUCUACCUAGAUCUCUCAGGGCACAAAAGUUGUUAGUACCUACAACAUCCAAAAGUAUUAUUCUGUUGUACUAAUAAUAAAGAGCACAAACCUGACCUUCUGACGGUGGGGUUUUCUUAUACUGUAUACCACUAGUGCCUUUCUACCAGCCUACAGCUGGUGUUAACAUGUUCCCAUGUGUUGUGACCAAUGGGAGGGACUUCUUCUACCCAAAAGAAAAUCUUGCUCUGUGAAACAUGAAAGCAGUCACCUUUUGCCUCUUUGCACUGCCCUACCAGACACCAGGAAAGAGAGAGGUUACUUACCUGUAAUUGGUCAUCUGUGAACUCACACUAAUGGGUUAAUCUGUGCUUGCGCAGAGGUCUCCAAAAUAUUCUAGACCUCAAACAAUUGCCCUUUGCAUUGCCCUACCAGAAAUGCCCUGAUAUACCAGCAGCUUGGUUCUGAACCAUUUUGCAAAUGCUACCAAAGCACCCUUUUGCCUUAUUGCUGUUUUUUUUGUAAGUAGGAUAGUAAUUUUUUUAACUCAGGAAAUAUUUUCACAGACAUACUCUAGAAGUGAAGAUUGAAGUGGUAGUAUAUUGGAGGCUAAAAACUCAAUCAGGUAAUGAUAGUAUCCUG